UAGUGUCUGCGCAUGUUUACACAUCCGGAGAAAAAUUCCUGACAUCGAUCCGUAUCUUAGCGAAAUCUUUCUGGGGCAGAGGAAUUUCUUGUCCAAGGCGUCUUAAUAUGGCCAGAAUGCGUUGUCUUAAAGGUUUCCCAUCAUGGUGUACAGGUAGAUAUUAAUAGUAUUAUGCACAAGUAUUACAAGCAACAUUAGACAGAAAGAAUGGAUCCAAAGAAAUCCAAAGAUCGACCAUUUUAUGAACUGCCUGAAAAUGUUCAAGCCAGUUCAAGAAUUAUCCAGGAUGCACGAACAUCUCUCCGCACUGUUGUGACCAAGAGACCAUUCACCCCCCGUGAUGAGAAACGAACUUUAUUUCCUGCAUCUACAGCCCGGAACCCAGAGUCGAGGCCAGCAAGUGCUUUUAGCUUGAACUCCCGACACUUCGAUGGCAGUGACUCUAGACCUGUGUCAGGUGCAAAGUUAUCUCCUCUUGAUCAUUUUCCCGAAGGGUCAGAUGUUCGUGCCAGGGCUGAGAUUAAGUGUUUUCAGACCCCUCGGGCCCCUACAGCAGCUGAGAUUGAGAACGCCAUUCUGGCCCCCAAACCACCAGCUGACCCAAACAGACCACUGUCCCGGAAGGGGUCAAGACAGAAGCUGUACAAUGCCACUAGUGUUGAUGGGGGAGGGGAGUCUACGACCAGUCUUAGGCCACGCAGUGGGUCAUCUGAUGGCCGCUUGCACCAAGACCAAGGCAGCCCUGAUGCAGACGUCCCACGUCGUGUGAGUAGCGGGCCCAAGGAGAGGACCCUGCUGCCAGAGGAGCGGGGCAUGGCUGAUGGGAAAGAAGCUGCCCCACGGGUGUCCAGCUCCAUGGGAGUCAGCAGUCCACCCAGAACUGGUGGAUCCCAUGACGGGGAACAGAGGGUGGGCAGUGGCAGCUCACGCAAGUCCAGCAGUGCAGGGAAGAGUCGCAGUGGCAGUGCUGGGAAAAGAGACUCAAUUGACGUCGGUGAUGAUAACUUCUUCACAGACAAAGUGGCCCCUCUCAUUGAGGCGAUGUCAGCUCUUGGCAAGAACAGGGACAAUGAAAAGCUGGGGGAGCUGGCGGAGGAGCUGUACACUGUGCUGGACACCAACAAAAAACUGACCAAGAGCUACAAGCAGAGAUCCUCCAUACUCAAGGCCAUCUUCAAGUUGCUGGAUGUGGAAGAACCCAGAGUCAUGCUCAAGUUAGCCAGGCUAAUACUGGCAUUUAAGGUGGGAGGCAAUAAUCUGUUGAAUGUGUGUAAGUUGGUGUUUAAAGUGAGCCGUAAUGAGAAGAACGACCAGGAGUUCCUGGAAGGCAAUGUUCUAGAUCUUCUGAUAGAGACAAUACAGAGUAGUGACCAUGUGGCGUCGUGUGAAGCUCUCAUCUACUGUGUGGGAGCCGUCAAGUUCCUUACCGGAAACCCAACAAUACUGAAGAGGCUGGCCAAGAAGGAGUGUAUAGAGACGCUUGCUGGACUCAUGCACAAUAUAGAGAAAACUAAUCGAGACAAUGGACGAGUCAGUGACCAGUUUGGACAUAUUUUAGUUCAGCUGUGUGCAGCCCUGCGUAACCUGGCUGAUGUGGGGUCAGGGAGGGAGCGGUUCCUGCAGACCGGGGUCAUAGAGAGCCUCAGUCAUCUUCUCGAUGCCUACCCCAAUGACUGUGAUCUGGUACUCUACAUAUCCAGAAUAUUCAGUAAAGUGACGCUCCAUACGGACUGCUGCACAGUUUUGGCCAAUGAACAUUCCUGCUACAAGUCUUUCAUUCAUUUGCUCAACAGACAUGUCAACAAGGAGGACGUGGUCGUGAGAGUGUGUUUUGUUCUGGGGAAUAUCACAGCCAAGAACGAUGAUGCAAGGAGAAGACUGUUCCAGGAAACUAAUGCCAUGCCCACCCUGCUUUCAGUAUUAAAAACAUUCCACAACCUGGAGUCUCAGAAAAGGUCAAAGCCUGAGAAUGUUACCACAAAUGGCAGACACAACAAUAAUGAUGGGGAUGGUGCUGUCAACACAAUAGAUGACGUUCUGAUCAAAGUCAUUCGAGUAAUCGCCAACUUGUCCAUCAAUGAUUCUGUUGGGCCAAUCAUAGCUUCACAUGUGGAAUGUGUACAACUUUUGCUAGCAAUUCUAGAUUCUAAAGAUAUUGGAAGCAGCGAGGAGCUGAUUCUUAACACGGUGGCUACAAUCAACAACCUUUCAUACUACACCACCAAGACCAGCGCCAUCACAGCCCACCAGAACACUGUAGCUCAGGUCUUAUUGAAACUGGUGAUGACAGACAACAUGGAGGCCAUGUUAGAAGCUUCGCGAGUGUUUGGCAAUCUGACCAGACAGAGGACUGUUCGAGACCUUCUCUCCAGACAGAAAGUUGAUGAGAUCAUGAUCACCUUGCUGGACUCAGGGAACAGAGAGCUGGUGUUCAUUGCAUGUGGCGUUCUCAUCAACUUCAUGGCUGAUGAAGAUAAGCGACCUCUUCUCAAGAAAGAAGGUGGCAUAAAAAAAUUGACUGAAGUGUUGCGAGACUUUGGGCGUGAGGACUGGCAACUGGGCAGUGUUGUUUGUAAGGUGUUGUGUAACUACAGCACCAAGAUCACAAGUACAAACUCAUGCUUCGGUGAAGCAGAGGCACAGGAUCUUGUCGAUGUGCUGGUAGAGUAUCUGGAUAGGGAAACAGCUUUAGAAGCAUCUCUGAAGGAUGAAGUAGAUGAGGAUUUGAAGGACUACCUGUGUGAAACAUGGGAGGCUGACUUCUGUCCUGUUGCAUCACAGCUGUUGAAGAGGAUAGAGAUCCAUCAGUCCUGCUUUGAACCUUUGGAAGCGCCAGGGUGAUAGGCAUCUGGUGGCUGAGCUACGAAUGUAUUAGCAUGAGUUGAAUGUGGUGUACUAGUCGGUGGAGUGUGAGUGAAAUCCCGGAACAUUAUACACACUAGGAUGAUUGGGAAGAGUUUCAACAAUAAGGAAAUCACUUUCUUAGUACCUCAAUUUGUGAUAGCAAAGUUUUAUUGUUGAAGUGUCAAAUGUAUAGAAUUGGUUGAAGAGAAACAUUUCUGAGCAUAUAUUUGUUACACAUGUAUUUGUAUAAACCCCACAGGAUGAUCCCUGCAUGAUGUGAAGAGUAUUAAGAAAGGUUAGUUAUCUGUUGUGUGUACAAAACUACGAUAUUGUUAUGAUGGGAGGUCAACCUAUAGUCCAUUGUAUAAGCUUGUGAUAGAGUUGGCUGUAUCCUUAAUACUGAUAGUACAUAAUGGUGGAACUACUUGAUGACUUGCCUGUGAAUUGAUGAAACAUUGUGUACAAUUUGCAUUAAAUGACUAGUCUAAUGACAGAACUCAAUCUUGAAGUGCAUUUGUAAGGUGUGUAGAAACUGUCAGUAUACCUUAGGAAGAUCAAGUUGAGUUGGUUACACUACCCGUAAUUGUUUGUGAUGUAAGGUGGUUCCCCACGUGUUUCCCAAAGGCUCUGUGUUCUCCUAAUUGGGCAUAGCUAUGCACAUCUGUGUGCCUCUUUCCGUCCGCUUUUUUAUUCUGUAACCUGUGAUGUUUGCCAGUAUUUUAUUCUUUGCAUGACAGUUGACAGAAAUAUUGUUGAGUCACAAAAACAAUUAGUUUGGGGAGUCAAUAUGCAUAAUCACAGUCCUCAUCACAGAGCAUGUUAGCCUAUUUGACAUGUGCCUGUGUUAUCUCCUUAUGAAUCUGCACUGUAAGUUCCUUACCAAUUGAGAGGUCAUUACAAGCCAGGGCAGAGUAACCAGAAAAUGAAGACAUGAAGAAGACUGUUUACCUCACUAUCUUAGUGUACAUGGGGUUUUUGUAUCAACACCACCAAAGUUCUAUUCUCUUCUCAGAAAUAUCCUUCUAGUCUUACCUAAAUACCUUUAUACAUGCUGAGAUACAUCCACGAGGAAGUCGUUAGCCUUUAAGUAUCUCUGGCUCAAUAACCCUAUGUGUAAGGACAGGCACCGAGUUUCAGGUUCAUCAGCGAUUUCUGCAGGACAAGAUUAUCAUGUUUUACCAAUUGGGAGAGUUCUAUGCUUUAAUCAUGUUAAUGUUAAGACUCUUUGGUAUUGCUGUGUUGCUCUUCUAUCAGUUUCUUAUCCGAAAAGUAAUUGUAUAUACAAGAAUAUAUUUAUUUCUAUGAAACAUUCCAAUGUGUGUGUGUGUGUUUGCUGUAUCACCUGUGAUUCUUGUAAAUACAUCCUUUGUUGAUAGAAACAUUCCAUAUUUACAAGGAAACUGUUCCAUCCCUUAUAGAAUAAUGAUCAUAUGAAAUAGAUACCGAUAUUGACACUUGUACUUGUUGAGACAGUUCUACAAAGUUUAUGAUUGUUAUGAACUAUCUAAGAAGCCAAAUUAUGACAUUUAUUUACGUAUGGCUUUAGUGUUUUUCAACACUGGCGAUGAAGAUGAUGAAGUUGAUGACUGAAUCAGUGAUGAAGAAUGUAAUGUGGGAUGUCAGGCAUUUCCGUCCAGUUUUUACUGUCAUUAUAUUUAUGUUCGUAAAGAAACAUACUAUUUAAUAACAAUGUGACUUUAAAAUAAACAGAAAAAAUGGUACCAUUCUUCGUGAAACUCAUUAUUUAUUUCAUAUGAAAAGUUCCUAUGUUGAACUCCAUUGUUUCCACAGCAUCGCUGACUCUUACACAUGUUAAGUUUUAUGUUAAUCGUGGCUUUUGCUAUUUUUCCUGAGUUGACAGUGAUGUUUACUGUUUUGCUUUUCUUGCUUGUGGAGAAGAGAUGGACACAACAUAGCAGUAAAAAUUUGUUUUGCACAGGUGUAAAAGUUCACUGCAUAGUAACACUAUGGAAUGUACUAAAGUUCACUCUCUACAGUCAUGUAUUUGCAGUUGUGUAUUUGCAGUUGUGUGUCAGUUAAUCUGUACAUUAUUUUUAACCCAGUAUAGAAAACCUGAAUGGCGGGAUUGUGCAGUCAAACAAAGUCUGUUAACAUUUGAUAGAUCAUACUGUGCAUGCAGGAUAAUAGUAAUGACUAAGUUUACUUACUCAACUGAAAAACUAUUGGUUAAAGGUACAUGCUAAUUUUAUUAAUCAGAUUCAAACCAAAUCGAAUAUAUUAUGUUGACAUCUCUUUGACAUAAAAGUAUGACAAUGCUAUUUCUCAUUGAAGGAUCCAUUAAAAACAAUGUUUAAUGAUAUCAAUGAAAUUCUUAGUCAUUGAGGUAAUUCAAUAUUGGGGGAUACACUUGGGUUUCAAAUACAAAAUUGUAUUAUUUAAGAUGAAUACUUUGUACUUUGUACAAAAUGUAAUAUUCCGUCCAAUAAAUACUGAACAUAU